AGCAGAAAAUUAUUUAGUUAAAUCGUAUGCAGUUUUUAAAAAGACUUACAAAUUCAGAAGUAACUUAAAACUUAGUUAUAAUGUAUUGCGUAUUUAUUAUAAAAUAUCGGUAAAUCAUUAAAUGAAGAGGUAUGUGACAUACUACAAUUGUUUUAUGAUUUUUAUGUUACGUAACCUUUUGUCCUUUUUAUUUAAGUUCUUAAUGAAACAUUAGUAGAAGCCGAUGUAACGAGUAUUUAUAAUAAAAAAUACUUACACAAAAGAAACAAGAAUAUGUACCUAUUCGAAAAUUUCGUUCAUUCAUACACAUGAAACGUUGCUCCGAUAUGUAAAAAAUGUAAUCAAAAAGUUUUCAUAUAUUGCGUAUGCAACCUUUAAGAAAUUAAAACAAUUUUUAGAAAAUGACGUUAGAAAACAAAAAUAUUUCAAGUGAAUUUUAUAAACAGUUUUAAAUGUAAAAAAAUAUUUUAUCAAAAUAAAUUUUUAAAAAUAUCUAAAUUCUUGUAAAAAUGGCAGACGUUGAAGAUGAAAAGGCAAGUGGUGAUGGUUCUGACGAGAAACCAGAAGAAAUACCGGAACCUGAACCACCCAAGAUUCCUGACGUGGAGCUUAUUGUCGAUGGUUUUGGUUUCAUGCCCAAGGACUACCCUCGAAGGGCACACAGCAGGUCAUCUAACGUAUUUACGAAAUCAACCAAAAUUUUGAAAGAAAUUAAAGGAACAGAAGCCGAACAAAGCCCUUGUGCAUCUAGUACUAAUAUUGAUAUUGUGAGAAGAUAUACUUGGAAAACAAGAAAUAGAAUGACUGUACAGAUCAUCACAUAUGGAGCAACAAUUACGUCAAUUCAAGCACCUGAUCGUAAAGGGGUACCGGAUGAUGUAGUAGCAGGAUUUGAUACUUUAGAAGAAUAUUUCCAAUCAAGAAACCCAUACUUCGGCGCAACAAUAGGACGAUAUGCAAACUAUAUACGCGAUGGCACAAUGGUGGUAAGGCCUUCGGGGAGAAUGUAUAUGUUAUCUACGAAUCGAGGGCAUAACCACUAUCAUGGGGGCUAUAUGGGAUUUGAUAAGGUUAACUGGCGGUCCUACGUUGUUGGAAAUAAGGUUGUCAUGAGUCAUGUGUCUGAUCGAUUCCAAGAAGGGUAUCCUGGUACUUUGAUGGCUCAAAUUGCAUUUGAAGUUACCUGCGAUAACACGCUUAAGAUUGAAAUGAAGUGCACAACUAGUGAACCGACGAUAGUGAAUCUUAGUAUGUCACCAUACUUUAACUUAGGUGGUCAUCACGCAGGCAAUGAGUCAAUGUACGAUCACAUUUUCACAAUAAAUGCGGAUAAAUAUACAGCAGUGGACGACGACGGGCUCGUAACAGGUGAAAAGAAAAUUGUUGGAGCUACAGCAUUUGACUUUCGCAUACCACGAGUAUUAAGAACGAUGUUGCCGAAGAUACCCCAAGGCGGCUAUGACCUCAACUACUGUAUAACACAAGGAACUGAACAAGAUCUAACCUUCCAAGCUCGUAUCCUUCAUCCCGUAUCAGGCCGUGUACUAGAGGUAUACAGUAACCAGCCAGGCAUGCAGUUUUACACCGGCAAUCUGCUUCCAGAUCCUGAUAAAAUUGUUGAGAACGGUGAAGAGGCCGGAGAAGUCAGCAAGGAAGCAAGUGAGGGUGAUAGUGAUUCGAGCAGUAGAACAAGUGCGAAUGGAGAAGAAGCGAAUGAAGAGGAGAGUGAGGGUAAGAAGAGCUACGGAUAUGUGCCAUUAAAGGGCAAGCAGGGAACAUUUUAUAAAAAGCAUGGACUAUUCUGCGUAAUGCCACAAAACUAUCCCGAUGCAGUUAACAAUAGAAAUUUCCCGAACUCCGUCUUAAACCCAGGCGAAGUGUACGUCCACCGAAUACAAUACAAAUUUGGUAUACUCCUUGGUAAAUAUGUCUGAAUAAAAAGUGAAUAAUUCAAUUGUAAAAUGUUUUUGAGAAAUAUACUGUGAUUGUUA